AUGAACUGGCACCGUCAACUCGUCCAAUACGGUGACCUAGAACAAUCCCAACAAACCAAUGGAGCCGGCGGCUCAUCAUCAGCUACCCAGUCACGUCAACCACCUCUAUCCAAAAAACGCAAGACUCGGUCCAACCAAAAAACCAAACGUUCCAGAAAAUUGGCCCACUGGGAUGACCCAGGAGACAAUCAGAUGAACUACGACGACGCCAGUGUCCAUGCUGAAGACGGUGAAAUUGAAGAAGAGGAGAGUCGGGAGCUCUCACAUGAAGAAAUAUGGGACGAUUCUGCACUCAUCGAUGCCUGGAACUCUGCCACAGCAGAAUAUGAGGCGUUCCACGGGAAAACACAAGACUGGAAGUCGAACCCUGUCAAGAAAUCUCCUCUAUGGUACAACAUCCCGUAUGAUAGUUCAAAGGAUAAGUCCAAGGCACCUAAUCCAACAAAAGGGGCCUCUGAGAACGCCGCCAGUCAGGCUGUAGUAGAUGGAGAAGAAAACUCAGUACCAUUUGAUUUCGACACUUUCGUCCCAUCUUAUGAUCCUUCGCUUCCGGUAUCCUCUGAGGCUCCAACGGCACCCGACCCCUCGUUUUUUGUACCAGCACCUUCAACCACCAUGGUAAGCCGCGACGAAGCUUUCAGCCGUGCGCUAAGUGCGAUGUAUUGGGGCGGAUACUGGACCGCAGUAUACCAUUGCCAAAAUCAGCAGAAUUCCUCGCAAGAGGUUGUCGAGGAACAAGAUCAGGAAUACGAAGAAGGUGACGAAGAAGUUCCUGAGGAUGAUGAUGCUGAAGAUUUGGUGCCUGCUCAGCGGUGA